ACAUAUCCGGAUUCAUCGUCCUCUGCACUCAACUCACUAAUGGAUUUAAAUACGGCCCUAUCAAUACUGCGACAUUCGCAUACGAUUUCAGCAAGUGGCAACCCACCGUUAUCAUUCUCAGAUCCUUCGUCACUUUUAUCACUAACACAGCAUCUACGAAACUAUUCAUCAUUAAGCACUAAUCCAUCAAGCACAAAGCGUGUUGCACUUGAUGUGCAACCUCCACAAAGUCCUCAAUCGUGCUCUUCCUCUUCGGUUAUCUCCUCUAGUCCACAACAAUCUCCACAACGGAAACAACCUGCGCCAAUACCUAAUGAUAAAAAGGAUGAAGCGUAUUUUGAGAGGAGACGAAAGAAUAACGAUGCGGCGAAAAGAUCACGUGAUGCAAGACGGCAGAAAGAAGAGGCAAUUUCAACGAAAGCUGCAUUCCUUGAACAGGAGAACCUUCAAUUACGAAGCCAGAUUGCGCUAUUGAAGAAUGAAACUGCUAAACUUCAUCUCAUGCUGUUUGCACAGCCGAAACUGCUUGAUAAUCUACAACAACAAAUAAAAAGCGAUUGA